AUGGAGAACGGAUUACAGCAGUUUCUGCUGCAGCUACAGCAGGUAGAUCUAGCCAUGGAGGAUCUAGCACGUUCGGAACUCUUCAAGCCAGCCCCACGCUCUCUCAGUCUAGAGAAAUCUACCAGACUGAGUUACCAGAGGGCGAAGGCUUUUGCUAAUGCAUAUGGCCUGACGCUUAAAGAUGUUUUAUACAUCACUCCUAAAUUCUGGAAGCUACACCGAGAGCCUCUACUAACACUCGACGGUGGAGCUUUCACCCUCCUUAGUAUCCAGUGCAACCUAUUUGUGGGCACGCUGGCUCCUUUUGCAUUGAAACGUCCAGAGCUCCAGCGGAUCCUCCAAUCCGCUUUGGAUUUCGAUCUCUCGGCACAAUUUAUGUUGACCGAAGUGAAUCAUGGAUUAGAUGCACGGAAUAUACAGACAACCGCAACAAUUCUGCCUGAUGGUGACAUCGACCUUCAUACUCCUUCCCCAAACGAUGCAAAGGUCAUGCCGCCAACCACCCCAAGGGGCGGUAUUCCAGUGGUUGCAAUUGUGAUGGCUCGUCUUGUGAGUGGAGAUAAAGACUGUGGAAUCCGGCCAUUCCUAGUCCAGCUUGGAAACGGAAAAGAGAUGUGCAAGGGUAUUAUGUCGAAGGCCUUGCCUCCACGAACUGGUGCGCAUCCAGUCGAUCAUGCUCUCACAUACUUUGACCACGUUCGCCUACCAAAAUCCGCCUUACUUGGUAGUGUUGAAGGAACAGAAGACAAGCGCGAAGAGUUCUUAUCCUCGAUUCACCGCGUUGCAGUGGGGACUCUCUUCCUCUCCGGGUGUGUCAUACCGUCACUCAAGCUCGCUGCCUACAAUGCUGCCUGUUUCAGCCAGAACAGGCUUGUUAGUGGCCAGGAUGGAACCCCGAUGGCAGUGAUUGAUUUCCGGACUCAACAUAUGCCCAUCCUCCAUGCUAUCGCCCAGUAUAGUGUGCUAGAAGCAUUCCUAGUUUCUGCAGCGAUAGCGUUCCGAGAACAGAGCGUUGACCCCCGAGUGCGCCAUGGUAUAGCCACAGCUUUCAAGGCGAUAGCACUGGGUCAUUUCAGCAAAAGCAUCACCGCUAUGAAUGAACGGUGUGGGUGGCACGGGCAUUAUGAGCAUAAUCAACUCCUUCAGAUGGAGCUGGAGAUGCGCGGCGCAUCGACUGCAGAGGGUGAUAUCCGCGUCCUUGCUAUCCGACUCGCGUCGGAACUAUUGCUCGGUCGAUAUCAAAUGCCGCCACCGAACGAUUCCACCAGCCCCAUUGCUCGGCAUGAGGCCUCCCUGUUCUCCGAAGCGAGGGAUCUCCUUCAACAAGGUGCCAAGGGGAUUCACCGAAGCGAGCGGUUCAAUCGAAAUAUCCUCCCGCUCGCUCUUCCAUUAGUUGAGGCGAUUGGUCACAGGAUGGCCUAUGAAGCUGCUAUAGAUGCCAAUGUUGACCCGAGCUUGCUUAACCUUUACGAGAGCGUGGUUUUGAAGGAAGACUCAGCGUGGUACGUUGAACAAGGUGGACUCAGCAGAGAAAUUCAACGCGAAAUGGAAGCGCAGGCAGUCGAUGUCUUACUUCCUCGGAUGAAUGAUCUCUUGAGGGCUUCUGGUGUCCAGCCAUAUAGUAAUGCGCCCAUGACUUCGAAGAUGCUAUGGAAUGAUUUUGUUUCGGGGUUGGAGGUCUUUUCAGGAGAUGCGCCUUCAGAUCUGUUCCCUUGA